AUGGCGUCCACCUCGUUCGUAGAAAUUGAGCGGUUCCAUUUGAUACCAGUACUGUCAGCAACUUGCCCAUGCCACCGUCCUCUAUUAUCUAAAAAAUCCCUAAUUCUCAAUCGAAAGAAACUGAACUUCGGUCUCCUCUUAAAUGGAUCCAAAACAGUAUUUCCGGCGCACACGACGAGGAUGACGGCAAAGCGGCGGUUAAUUGCGGCCGUGGCUAGAGCUGAGCCUGAUAGCAUCGGCGAAGACGGUGCCAAAAAGGAAGGCGAGAAAGGUCACCUUCCACCUGCAAAAGAGGAUUCUGCUUCAAAGCAUCAACAGAAAGCAAGUCAAUUGAGGAAAAGAAUUAUUUUUGGACUUGUGAUUGGGAUUUCUGCUGGAGGCAUAGUAUUAGCUGGAGGAUGGGUUUUUACUUUGGCUUUAACGGCUGUUGUGUUUGUUGGUGCACGUGAAUACUUUGAAUUGGUUAGAAGUCAUGGAAUCACUGUAGGAAUGACUCCACCACCUCGAUAUGUGUCACGAGUUUGCUCUGUUAUUUGUGCUCUCAUGCCCAUGCUUACCUUGUAUUUUGGUCAGAUUGAUUUUCCAGUGACAUAUGCUGCUUUUGUUGUAGCAAUAGCAUUGCUUCUACAGAGAGGGAAUCCUCGAUUUGCUCAGCUUAGUAGUACUAUGUUUGGGCUAUUUUAUUGUGGAUAUCUUCCUUGUUUCUGGGUGAAGCUUCGAUGUGGUUUAGCAUCCCCUGCCUUGAACACUAGAAUAGGAACAGCAUGGCCUGUUCUUCUUGGUGGGCAAGCUCAUUGGACUGUGGGUCUUGUAGCUACCUUGAUUUCUAUGAGCAGCAUCAUUGCGGCCGAUACAUAUGCUUUUAUGGGUGGCAAGGCAUUUGGCAGGACACCCCUAACUAGUAUUAGUCCAAAGAAGACAUGGGAAGGAACAAUUGUAGGCUUGGGCGGCUGUAUAGCCACUUCUGUGGUGCUAUCAAAGUUUUUUUGCUGGCCAAGAUCCUUGCUAAGUGCAAUUGCUUUUGGGUUUCUAAACUUCUUUGGAUCUAUUUUUGGGGAUCUUACUGAGUCAAUGAUCAAACGUGAUGCGGGUGUCAAGGACUCUGGCUCUCUAAUACCUGGACACGAUGAUUGGAGCGUGAACAAGCUUAGACGUGAAAGUAGGAAUGUGUGCGAGCAGACGAAGAGAGUAAUUGCUCUAAAAACCUCAGAGAAGGAUGAUGAAGAUACAUUUGCAACUCUACCAGGCAUCGUAUACCUCUAUGAUAUGUCGAUUUAUAGUGAUUAUCGUGAAGAUGAGAUUCAGUUGACUCGAUCCCUUCUGUAUGCUGUGAAGGUCCAAUAG